AUGGCCCAGCGCUACAACAUGGCCCUCACGUGCACGCGGGCUGACGUCGAUGCGUUCGUUGUCAACAAGCUUGGCCUCAAACUUGGCACGGGCAUCACGGGGCCGGAAGAAGACCUGCUCAAGAAUUUCCUCUGGAAGCACGGGUAUCGCUUCAACCGCACGGUCCUCAAGAAGAAGUUCGAGGUCGAGCAGACGGGGGGCAGUGACAAGGCCAAUGACGUGCGCCGGUUCUGCAUUGACAAAGGCCUCGGCAUGUACCACGUCACGUCGGCUCAGGACCCGGGCUUCAUCCAGCACGUCAUCGCCGUUCACGUGCAGCGCGACAAGUGCGAGUACUUUGAAGACGGCGCGUGGCACCCGCUCGACAAGCUCACCUACUUCCGAUUUACCAAGCAGCAGAUCGUCGAGCUCGUGCGCUUUCUGUGUUUCCCCGACGAAAUCAUCACGACGCACCGCUACAAAGCCGAUCCGUUGGAAGCGAUCUGUAUCAUGCUCAACCGGCUCGCGUUGCCGCAUCGGCUUGACACCAUGGUCGAGACGAUUGGACGCAGCCGCGAGGCCUUGUCCGCGAUCAGCAACCACGUAAUGAUGCACGUGUACGACUGCUUCCAUCACUUGCUCGAGUUGGACGAAGCUCGACUUGACGCCGGCUGGAUGUAACACUGUUCGGCCGCUAUCCAUGCUCAAGGGGCUCCCCUUGCAACUUGCAUCGGCUUCAUUGAUGGCGCCGUGCGUGGCAUUUGCCGCCCAGGAUGGGCAGUACAGAGGGCCGUAUACAACGGACACAAGGUAUCUACACGAUUGUAUAACGAGGCGCUAA